AAUCAGCUCCUGAAAGAGCCCAGCUAGACCCGAGGCCAACUUCCACUUUCCUCUGGAUAUUUUCACUUUCAGGGCGUCCUGUUCUGAGUCAACAUUCCUCCUUCUAAACAUGGGACUUUCCAGAAGGACCACAGCUCCUUCCAUGCAUCCGCUUGACCUGGGAUGUUCUGGAUUUGGCUGUCGAGCGACUUUGCCUGCCUUUCCGAAGUAUGGCCGUGUGGUCCCUGUGGAGUCUCCUUCUCUGGGAAGCACUACUUCCCUUCGUUGUCACCAGUGCCCAAGUUCAGGGCCAGGUGGGGGGCUCGGCGCUGCUGGUGGCAGAGCGCCCUCCCGGCUUCCAAAUCCGAGAUGCCAUCUGGAGAUCCCUCUGGCCUUCAGAAGAGCUCCUGGCCACGUUUUUCCGGGGGUCUCUGGAGACGCUGUACCACUCCCGCUUCCUGGGCCGAGCCCAGCUGCACGGCAACCUCAGCUUGGAGCUGCGGCCGCUGGAGUCUGGAGACAGCGGCAACUUCUCCGUGCUGCUGGUGGACAAGGAAGGUCGAGCCUGGACCCAGACCCUGCAGUUCAAGGUGUAUGAUGCAGUGCCCAGGCCCGAGGUACAAGUGUUCAUUGCUGUAUCAGGGGAUGCUCAGCCCCCCAAGACCUGCCAAGUGUUCCUGUCCUGUUGGGCUCCCAACAUCAGCGACAUAACCUAUAGCUGGCGACGGGAGGGAACCAUUGACCUUGAUAUCAAGCCAGGUGGCCUCUUCAUGGACGGACAGGUGCUGAGUGUGUCACUGGGACCAGGUGACAAAGGUGUGGCCUAUUCCUGCAUUAUCUCAAACCCUGUCAGCUGGGACUUGGCCACAGUCACCCCCUGGGAGAGCUGCCAUCGCCAGGCAGCUCCAGGGAUGGCGUCCUACAAAGAUGUGCUACUGGUGGUGGUGCCUGUCUUGCUGCUCCUGAUCCUGGCUGGUCUCUCUGCCUGGCACUGGGGCCCCUGCUCAGGGAAAAAGAAGAAGGAUGUCUGUGCUGAUGAAGUGGCUCCAGAGACAGAGAACCCCCUUGUGUAGGGUCUGCCAUGAGCAAUGCCUGGAUCGUGAGGAAACCCACCGCCUAGCCACAUGAUGCUCUGGGACGUAGCUGGGACCUGGAAACCACCAUGGACCUCGUACCUCCUGUGAGACUCCUGUACCACCUCUCAGGAGCAGCCUGGGCAGCCGUCACACUGGGAGGGCAGGAAGCACUGACACAACCUUCCACACCUUCUCCCUUCCCUCUCCCCUGGUUGCAUGUCCUGGCUCUGCUCUGGGCAGAAUGGGCCCAGCAGGACAUCCCCUCAAGGACACUGGAAGUUCUCCAGGAUCCAUAGAUUGAUUGUCCAGGGCACUCACUCCUCCACCACUGUUCAUGAAGUAUUGUUAUGGAUUGAAUUUGUCCCCUUUAAAUUCACAUGUUGAAAUCCUAACCCCCAGUAUCUCAGGAUAUGACUGUGUUUGGAGAUAGGGUCUUUAAAGAGAUAAUUGAGGUUAAAUGAGGUCAUUGAGAUGGCCCUAAUCCGAUAUGACUGGUGUCCUUAUAAGAAGAGGGAGAGGAAUGCACACACAGAGAGAAAAAGCCAUGGAAGGACACAGAGAGAAGGAAGCCCUCUGCAAGCCAAGGAGAGAGGCCUUGGGAGAAACCAAACCUGCUAACAUCUUGGUCUUGGACUUCCAGUCUCCAAGACUGAGAAAAUAAAUUUCUGUCAUUUAAGCCACCCGUUCUGUGAUAUCUUGUUAUGGCAGCCCUAGCAGACUAACACAACUAUUAACCAACCAGCAUCAAAGGAUUACUUCCAGCCUGGGUCCUGGCCUCUAAAAGACAUUAUACAAUCACCCACUUUCAGCCCCAACCCAGCCCCUGUCAUUUGAGACCCUGAUGUUUCCCACAACCAAGGAAUUAUAAGAAAAGGUCUAGAACCUGAUGAAGAAGAGAUGUGGGGGUCAAGGGUUUCUCUUUCCGGCUUGAAGGACUUGCAAGUUCAUGGUCCUCAAAGCUGUGUUGGGUCUCCGCUGCUGUGCGAGGGCUUUCUCUAGUCGCGGCAAGUGGGGGCCACUCUUCAUCGCGGUGCGCGGGCCUCUCACCAUCGCGGUCUCUCUUGUUGCGGAACACAGGCUCCAGACGCGCAGGCUCAGUAAUUGUGGCUCACGGGCCCAGCCUCUCCGCGGCAUGUGGGAUCCUCCCAGACCAGGGCUCGAACCCGUGUCCCCUGCAUUGGCAGGCGGACUCUCAACCACUGCGCCACCAGGGGAGCCCCCGGUAACAUCUUUUUAAUUGAUAUCUUCACCCUCAGCACUGACCAUCAUGCCUCCCACAGGAGCUGGAGUUGGGUUUGAGAUUCUCUCCUCACUGUCUAGCACAGUGACCAGAAAAAGAGAGAUUAAAUUCCUCAGCCAACAGGAAGUUCUUGCACAACUUCAAGAAAAUCAGCUCAGCUCAGGAUGAGGGUCUCUGCCUGAGACUGAGAGAGGGAGGAGCCAGGAAAAGCUAAACAGAAGGGAAAUUAUGGAGGGAAAGGAGCUGAGGCAUCCUAAUAUCUGCCACACUCAUUUUCAGAUGCAAGUGCAGAAGAUCCACCCAAGUUCAAGGGACCCACCACUCAAUGGGAAGGUGUUCAAGGUCACUUUGAAAGGAGAGCAUGUGGGAUGGAAGGUAUUAUUGUGGCCAUCUCUGCAAAACACAAUCUGCCACUGAGCGAUUCUGUCUUAAAAAGCUCUGGAAUAUUGCCACUGGAAAAAAUAAUUGAUGAGCUAAACUUACACUUAAGAAUUAGUAGAUGAUAUGGUCCAGCAUUACUCCCUCCCAAGUGUAACUGGAUUUUUUUCUAGGACCUCACUCAAGUCUUGAUGAUAGAGGAAGGAGGCAUUGAAGAAACAGGGGUAGGCUUUGAAGUAUUUUCCCAGGGCGGCUUCAAUCCCUCCACCCAGGAUGUCAGCCCUGUGCAAGGGGCUUCCCUCUUCUCCCCAGUUCCUGGGCAGUCACUUCACCUUGGACAAAUGGUCAGCUCAGCUGGCCUCCAGAUUCAUAUGGCCACUCCUCCACACGACUAGUCCUGGAAUUUCCCUGCCUGCUGGCUCUGCUCAGAGGUCCCCUGCUGGCCACCUGACUUCGCCUAGUCCUUAUGCCUCUCCUGCAUCCACUUCUCUCCCAUCACCUUCUUCCAAGUCCACCUGAACAGUGCACAUGGCCACAGCAGCUAGUGCUGCCACCACCUGUCAUCAGAGGCAUUCCCCGGGCCUGGUCAAUGAACCAGGCAAAACUGGCCUUAGUCUCUAAAACUGAUGUGAAAGAGAAAGCCCAGGGUCUAGCAAUGAGCCAUGGCGGUUGAAUGAGGGAAACACACACACACACACACACACACACACACACACACACACACACUCCCCUUCUCUCUUGCCUUCAUCUCCAGGGCCCCGCCUCAGAUCAGAGCAGUUCUGGAUGGGGUGGGACCCACAGUUCUCCUUCACGCGGUAACCCUUGGUGACUUCAUGUAGAUGGCGGUUUUGUUGUGUGGUACGCCAGGACCUUUUGAACAUAUUCACGCUGCUCAAAUCAACUGAGGUUCCCAUCCCCAAUGACUCAUUUGUCCACUAGUGAACUAAUUAACCCACCACAGCGUUCGUGUUGAAAACCAUUGGGAUUGAUGCUUUAAAAGUCACACAGGAACAAAUAUUGAUUGAGUGUGCAGCAUGCACUGGGUAGACUUCAGGGCACUGGGGACUCAGUAGUGAAUAAAGCAAUGUCCUUCCUUCAUGGAGUUUAUAUUCUAGAUAAUAUAAAUAAGCAAGUAAGCACAUGUCACAGGUGGAUACGUUCUACUAAGAAAGCUAAGGCGGAGUAAAUGGCAAGAGAAUGGUGUGUUGGGGAGAAGGGGUCUGUCUUAGAUAAGGGGAUCAGAGGACACCUCCUCCUGACGAGGUGACAUGUGAACAGAAGCCCAGUGCAGUGGAGUGAGCCAUGCAGUGGCUGGGCAAAGAGCGUUCCAGAGAGCAGAGGAUGCAGAGGCCCUGACGGGGAACAUAGUUGGGGUUUAUGAAGAGGAGAGCGGAGACCAGGGCAACUGGGCCAAAACAAAGAGGGUGGGGAAGGAAAGGGGAGGACCAUAGUGAUGGUCUGGGGCCACAGCACUUGGGACCUUGUGGUCUUCAGAACACCCCGUCCCUGGGGUUAGGGAAGCCAGGAGCGACCCCUUCUGUUUGAAUGUCAGAUUCCUCCCAUAAUGACCUUGGCACCAUUAACUCCAGUGGGCUCACGGUCAGACCAGAAUCCACUCCAAAUCUGUGUUUGCUUUUCCUUGUUUUCAUUAUAUCUCCUUUGAGCAAGAGCCUUUGUACCUGUCCUGUGUAAAUACAGGACCCCAGAGCUGCUCGAGCAAAGGGGUCAUGUGCCACGAUGUCAGAGGGAAUGGAGCGGGGAGGGUAUCGCAAGAGAGAAGGGUUAGAGACACAUUUUCUCACCAGUGGAGCUAUGAGCACCCAAUGCCUCAUUUCAAAAAACAAAAUAACAUUGGGGAGAGGAAAGGAGGGUGGGGCAAGAUAAGGGUAGGGGAUUAAGAAGUACAAACUACAGUGCAUAAAAUAAAUAAGCUAUAAGGAUAUAUUGUAUGGCACAGGGAAUCAGAGCCAUUAUUUCAGAAUAACU